UCACAUUUACUCACUUCAUAAAAAGGUAUCGUUGCGUACUGCAUUGCGUUAUUUAGCUUUUCAUAGUUGUACCUUCGUCGUAGCUCAGCUGCUUCCAAAAUUUUUAGUUUAAUAUAAUACAAUGAUUCCGCAAAAUCGGUACUUUUCUGUCUUCUUCAGUAACAACUUUCAGGCGAUCCCCCGUGAAAAUAUAUAUUAUAGUUUGGAUGAUAUCAAUUCGAAAAAAAUGAAUCAGAUGAACCUGCACGACCAGUUUCAUCAUUUCGACUACGGAUCGGGAUGCAUUUGUGAAAUCAAUCCAAAUAAUUGGCAGCAACAAGCGGACUAUUAUCCGCAAUAUUCCGACGACUUUUAUUCUGAAAAUAAUGGCUGCAACUGCCCAGGACAUUUCGAGAUGCCAGUGACAAAUUUUCCUUUAGAAGGAUCACAUAUGUACGGAUUUCAGCAAAUGACACCAGCCGAUACCACACGACAACCACUUCCAUGGGAAUAUGCUAAUUUACAAAUUCCGAUAAAUUCGCCAAUAAUACCUUCUCAUACUUACCAAAGGGGCCCUGAAUGCAUCCACGAAGCACGCCAUGAUACCGGCCCAAUUUCCUUGCCACACGAGAACUCCUCCGUGCCUGCGGUUAGCAAUCCUGCAGAAACCGUCCAUUCGCUGUCCACCUGUAAAGGCCAGAAGCUUGAAGAUGUGAUACUUUCCAUCAGCUCCCAUCUUCAGAAAAAGCCCAGCGAAAUGAAUUGUAAUCAAAUCCUUCUGGAUUACAUUACUGCAGAAAUCUUCCAAGACGAUUCCACCGAAAUCUAUAGAUUCGUUGAGAAUAUAGAAAAGAAUCAAAACUGGGUGAAACACGAUGAUUGCAGUGGAGGCACGACUGAAAAUUACCUCCUGCGUAGCUGGUUCCUUACCAGAUUAAACAUAAACAACUUCAAAGAUGAUAUUUUUGACUAAGCCAAGUUGAAUUGGUUGCCAGUGAUCGUUUCCAUUGUGACCGUCUAAAUGUCUUUUACAUUAAUUUGACACACUAAAAUAGCAUCGAAGUACAGUAGUUUAUUCAGAAAAGUUUUAAACUUACAAAUACACAUGAAAACGUAAGAAAUCAUUUCUGUCCAUGAACAAUGUUUGUUUAUUUUGUUAACCUUCCAUGACGAAAAUUCAAUUGCAAUAAAAGUUUCACACCUGCAAAGCACAAAAC